AUCCACGAUGUUUGCAGUAAUAGAAUUCAAAGAAGCAGAUGGUGGUGGGCUCUCACUAGUUAAUUCCCAGUGGCUUACUCCCAGAAAACAAGAGGUAUUCUGGCCGCCUAUAAAAAAUAGUUCAAAUUUUAGCAAGGUAUUGCGUAGAGUCGAACAGGACAUAGACCCCGAUAAAUGGAAAUUAUUUGGAGUAGAAAAAGUUUUCUAUGAAACUGAGGACUUUGAUAAAGCUAAAGAAAAAUUGAGGCAAGCCGAGGUAACUUCUGAUCUUCACACAGAUCUAGAUGAGGACCCUGAAGAGAAGAGAAGACUUAAAAGAAAAAUAAUUAAAAAAAAAGUUUUCUCUGAUACUGAUGAUGAUGAAAACGAAAAUGAUUGCUCACCCCCAAAAAAGUUGACAACAAAAAAGAAACUGGACCUUAAUCUACCACGUCCCCCACGUAUCCAAUUGAAGCUGAAUAAUAAUUAUUAUACACAAAAAACAGGAAAAAAUGGGUUAGAAAGAAAUAAAUCAUUGAAUGAUGAUUGGGGGACUUUGGUUUAUAAUGUCCAUGUGUUAUGCCAUUUAAGUGAAGAAGUUGAGUUAUUUGGUCCCUUAGAAACAAUUUCUGCUUUUCCAUUUGAAAGCUUCUUGGGAGAAAUUAAAAAAACAGUGAAAUCACCCAACAAACCUUUAGAGCAGCUAUAUUGUCGAUUAACAGAAGCUAAUAAUAUUUCCCUAGGUAAUAACUUGGAUGUUUCUAGGAAAUUGGAAAUGGAACAUUUUUGUGGUCCACUAAUGGAUGCGCGUUCUUGUGUUAAACAGUAUAAGAAGCUGUAUCAUAACAAUUUUGUAUACACAACAUCAGCAUAUUCUGUGGCUAAUUGUUAUUGUCUUAAUACUGGAAAAAACGUUAUUAAAAUUAAUAAUAUUAUAGUUGACAACACAAAUGAAAUUUUUGUAGUUGGUCAAAAGUUCACUCAGUACGAAUCUUUUUACAAUUACCCAUUUGAAUCAAAAUCUAUUGACAUAUGCAUUGUAACGGAGCUACACCAAAAUAUGGAAGUUUUCCCAAUCGAUUCUAUAAUUUCAAAAUGUAUGUUAUUUCCUCUCAACACUCCCCUCAACAGUGAGUGGUUAUCGCUUCCCCUCAUACAUUAA